AUGGUUGAUGAUAACAGAGAUGACGGUGGUGGUGGUGGUGGUGGUUAUGGCUACGAAUACGGCGACUGUGGGAACAAUGUUAAAUAUUGUAUACAUCUGUUCGAGAUGGAACAGGCUGCUAUCACACUUCUGACUAAUGUUGAUCUUAAUGUUGAUGAUUAUACUAUCAGAAUCCGCAUAGGCACGAAAAUGCAGAAAGUUAAAUAUGUUCAUAGUUCGUUGAAGAUCAAUCUAAAUGACAACACUACUGUCGAAGCAUGCAACGAGCAUGUUGGUGCUGAAUGGGGAUUUGAUUUUUCUCCAUUUGAUUCUGUUGUGGAUGACCCUGAUGAUGACGGCAAGUCUUUCAAAAGCCCGAUUGAUGUUAUUGGUUUUGUGAUUAAGUGUCUUCUGGCAGAGGAUAAAAGUGAACAUAAUAACGGCAAAGACGAGAAUAAGACUACCUUUAUUCUCGAAGAUUUGCGACACCCUCAGAUUUACGUGACCUUAUGGGGUGGUUAUGCUGAUCAGAUUUUAGAAUUUGAGAAGAACCAUAAGGAUGAAAAGAAUGUUGUGGUCGUUGUUCAGUUUGGGAAGUACAGAUUUUGUGGAGGUAAUUUGUUUGUCUCCAAUUUGUAUACUGUAACUCGAGUCUUCAUAAACACUGAAGUAAAAGAGAUUUUGGAUUUUAAGAAAAAGUUUCUUACUGCUUCAACGUCUUCCGGUUAUUCUGGAUUGAGUUCUUCUGCUAUGAAGUCAACAACUGACGAAUAUCUAUCUGAUUUUUCCUUUAGUACGAUUGGAGCAUUAAGCGAAAUAUCCCAACAAAAGUUUGUUAUUAUCCUGGGAACAAUUAAGAGUUUUGCAUUAGAAGACUCAUGGUUUUACAAUGCAUGUAAAAGUUGCAACAAAAAGGUUCUUACCAACACUAUUUGCAAGGACAAGCAAGAUAGAACUGAAGGAUAUGAUGAAGUAACUAUCUUGGAAUGCCAGACUGAUCGGUGCAAUAAAAGGACCGUUGUGUCUGUUCCCAGGAUAAAAGUUCUAAUACGUGUUCAGGAUUGUACCGGGAUUGUCACUUUGACGUUGUUUGAACGUGAAGUUGUUAAACUGAUAAAGGUUAACGCAAACCAGCUUUUGGAUAAAAACAUUGAGCCUGCUGAUGAUGAACCUUUAAAUGUUGUUCCGUCUGAUUCAAAUCCAACUAUUAACAUUCGUGUUAAGGAUUCUGUUUCCCGUACUGGUGAUGAAGACACUCCGAUGUCUAAUUUGAACAAUAACAUGUUUACUACACCCUCCGGACCUGAUAAUAGUUGUUCUGUGAAGAUGCUGGAGAAUGAACUUAAGCGUAAUUUGGAUGCCGUUUAUGAUGUGGAUUUAUGUUCUUCUCAGUCGUCAACUAAACCGCGUAAGAGUUAUGGUGAGAACGAUGAAGACUCGAAUGUGAAUGUGGGGCUUUUGAAGCCAAAGCUUGAAAAGUAG